AUGUGUGCUAAAAAAAGAUCACAAACUGACAUGAAUGAUAAUGAAGAAUUUGGUUUUAACAAUGGAGGGAUGGAUAAUAACCGUGGGGGUUAUGGUGGGAAUUUUCAUGAUCGUAGAUCUUUUAAUAGUUAUGGGAAGCGUCCUGGUCCAAGAAAUGAUUUUGGUUUCUCCAAAAGAAGUCGUAUUGACAAUGGUGAUGGAAAUAAUGAUACUGGGAAUGGCGAGAAUGCCGCACAUAUUAUGAUGACAUAUAAACAAUUUGUCAAUACAAUUGGAGAUGAAGGCAGUGAAGAAGAGCUCCAACAAAAAUAUAGUGAGUAUAAAGACAAAUUUAAGGCUGAUUCACUUAAUAGAUUUUUUCAAGAACAUAAAGAUGAAGAAUGGUUUAGGCAGAAGUAUCAUCCAGAAGAAAGCAAAGAAUUCAAAGAAAAGAAAAAAGAAUUAGUCCAGCACCGUUUUGAAGUGUAUCAACAAUAUAUUGUAGAUCGUGGACUUCUUGAUGGUGUUACAUUGGAUGUUCAGAAUUCUGAUCAAAUCGAUAAAGUUUUUGAAGCUAUGGUUGCUAAAUUAGAAGGAUUAUCCGAUGAAGAUAUAGAUAAGUAUUUGAAUGGUGAAACUGAAGAGGAAGGAGAUGAAAAUAAAGAGAUAAUGGAUGAAAAAGAGGACGAUCAAGAAGAAAAGGUGGAGGAAAAAGCUUCGAAAAAGAGAAAGUCACUAGUUAAAUACGCAGGAAUUUUCCUUCGUAGUGUUGCUCCUGUUAUUACAGCAUGUGAAAUUGAUGAAAUUUGUAAAAAGUAUGAAAGUUUUGUUAGAGUGGGACUUAGCGAUCCUAUGUAUGAUGGUAAGAAACUUGUAAAAAAAGGUUGGGUAACUUUAAAAGAGGAUCCCCAAGUUAAAAAUAUUUGUUGGCAAUUAAAUACAGUUCGUGUGGGUGAUAGUGAAUUAAGCGCUAUUCUUAAUAAAGACGUUGCUAGGAUAAGAACAGUUAAUGGAAUGAUUGCUCAUAAUAAAAUUGCUAGAAAUGAUUUGAAACAGGCUGCCAAGUUGGUUACUCUUUAUGAUAGAAAAAUGGGUUUGUAUUUUGAUGAAAGCCAAACUGAUGAAGAAAUUUUUACAAACCUUGAGUUUGCUAUUGUCAAUAGCAAGAAUCCUCUUUUAAAAGAUAUUACAGAUCUUUUGAUUGAAGAAGGAAAUUUGAUUGAUGAGGUAGAAGAAAGUGAGAAUGGUAACAAUCGCUCUACUUUAACGCGUGAUGAACAACUACUUCAACGACUGGAUAAAUUAAUUAUUUAUCUUCGUAUUGUCCAUUCUAUUGACUACUACUUUGCUACACUCUUUCCAAUUGAAGAUGCUAUGCCAAGUAAAUGUGGUGUUCUUCAUAUACGAGCAGAACCAAUGCAACAAUUUAGAAAUGCUGAAACUGGGAGCUACAAUAUCGCUGAUAGUUUUAUUGAAAAUCACAUAAAAGAUUUUAAUGCUAAGUUAUCUAAUAAUGUCCUUCAUUCAGGUAUUGUCACUGAAGAAGAAAUGAUAAAAUUAGGUAAAAAAGAUCCUGAUACUGAGGAGGAAAAUUUUAUUAAUGCCAACUGUAUUGAACUUCAACCAGGCAAAUGGUUAUGUGAGCUUUCCGGAAAAAAAUUUAAAAAUGCAGAUUUUGUGAAAAAACAUUUGCGUACAAAACAUCAAGCAAAAAUUGAAGAAGCUCGUGCCUAUGCCGACUUUUAUAAUAAUUACAUUUCUGAUCCUCGUAGAUUACAAGAUCCUGAACAAACAGGAAUCCAAAGCGAUAAUGACCAAAGAAACUUCCAAAAUAAUCCAAGAUUCAAUCGUCAAAAUAAUUGGAAUGACGGAGGAAGGAGAAGUUACGGAGGUAAUCGCAACUUUUAUAAUAAUGGUGGAAACUUCAAUGAAAGACAACCACGUUUUUCGGAUGUAGGAGAACAUAUGCGUAGAGAUCCACGACAACCUGUAAUUUACAGGGACUUGGAUGCUCCAGAAGACAAUUUUUAG